GCGAUGAUGUGUGGCUUGACGACGACACUCAAAAGUGAGAUCGUGAAGAUCGCACCGAGGGGACGUGUGAAUUGUAUUGCACCUGGAUGGGUUCCGACGCCGAUGGUACAAGAGGCCCUGAACGAUCCAGCCAUCAGCGGACCUGUAUUAGCCGCCACUCCGUUGAAAAACACCUCUGGACUGUCUUCAUCUGUGAUCUCGGGACAUGUGACAGGGCAAGUGAUCUUUGUAGAAGGCGGUUGUGUAGGGGACAUUUGAACAGUGACUACGAAUAAGUCAAACACAGGAUCGUGGCUCGCGUCAGUACAUGAAAGUACAUACUUGGGCAGCAGACACGUGAAGUAUAUGUUGUGAGCUCUGCA